AUGUGCUUUAUAGUGUGCAUUGGUGCUACUCUCCUUGAUAUUGUUCGACUUGCUCAGGCUCCACGCUCAUUCAGCAAAUCAAUCUCUGACGAGCAGUCAAAGCAACAUACUGUCAGUGUUCCCGACAAGUUCGAGUACUACAAGGACGUGAUCGACUACCCCCCCGAAGACUGCUGUCCGGUCACUCGCCCGAUGGCCGCCCAGGUUGUCCGUGUCAAGAAACAUCGCUCGAAGGGCUUCCUCCCCGCUUGCGGUUUCAUGACUGCCUUCAUGGCUCUGGUUCUUGCGAUCAUUGGCCUUGGCCUUCUCGCCUCUGGUAUGUGCAUGCACGCCUUUUCACGACAACAUCUAACAUGUUCAGGUCGUGUCACCUUCAACGUCAAUGCCGAGGAUGCUGAGGAUACUUUCCCUCAGCUUGCCCGCCGUGACUUCCACGCCACUUACAGCUACGCGUUCCCCAACACCACGGUUGUCACUUCGACUGCUGGCGCCCCUGAGGCCUAUGGCUCCCAGACCACCUCCGCUGUCAACACCACUGUCUCUAACAGCACUGUCUCACUCACCAAGACCGCUACCGUGUUUGCCACUGUUUCCCUCGACAGCACCAUGGGUAUCCAGGCCACUUCUGACGCUCUUGCCCUCACCGGUCCUGCUGCCUCAGACACUGUCACCACGACUGACACUGUGGUCGCUGAUGAUACGGUUGUUGAAACUAUCAACGGCGGUACCAUCACUCGUUACCGCAAUGCCACCCACACAUUCACCCAAUACCAGACCGUCACCUCAGGUGUGACCGAGGCUGUCAUCGAGACCAUCCUGGCCACCGAGACUGCCGAGAUUGUCGAGACUGUGAUUGGAAGCACCCUGACUGUAGUUGAGCACAGCAUGGCCACUCUCACCGUGACGGUCGAUGCAGAGGAGUCGUCCGUCGUUGCCCCUGAGGUGACCUCUACUGUCAUGGCCUCUGAGGAGUCGUCUUCCCUCAUUCCUCCCUCUGUGACCUCCACAGCCAUCGUCUCUGAUGGUGCUUCGUCUGCCAUCUCAUCUGACAUGACCACCGAGGUGGCCUCCUCGUCUGUUUCCAGCAACUUUAGCACCUCCACCACCGAGACCACCGUCACAGUCACUCCCACGGUAUCUCUGACCACGACUGUCACGGUGGAAGCCCCUACGGGUGUCGCCACCAUCAUGGCCACCACCACGGUCGUCGGUGGCACCACGACUGUCCGUGUCACUCGCGAUCACACUGUCUUCACUACACUCAUCCCGGUCCAAACUGAGGUUCCUCAGACUUGUGCCGCCGACCAAACGGUGUUCAUCACCGUGACUGAGGUCGCCAGCCCCAUGCCUGUCGAGACCACAACGACCGUCUACCCUACUACCUCUGUGGUCACUCACACCCGCCACGGCAUCGUGACAGUCACCUUUCUGACGACCGAGGUCCAGACUGUCAUCCAGACUCUGUCGACCGAAUUCGAGAUGACCACCUCGGACGCACUCGCACAGCCAGGUACCCCGAUCAAGGCGUCUACCACAUCGUCCUUGUCGUCGGAAGCUCCCGUCACUGAGACGCAGGUCCUCACCCUGACGGAGACGGACAUUGCCACGCACACCGUCAGCGUCAUCGAGUCGGCGGUCCUGACGACCAAGGUCUCCAUGUUCACCACCAUCACCAUCCGCAUCGGCACCACGACCCUCCACGGCGGCGUCGUCACCGUGACCGUCGAAGCCCCCUCGCCAGCCCCGUCCAGCCCCGUCGCCGAAGACGCCGACGUGCAGACCGUGACCAAGACCGAGUACGCCACCGAGCACCUCACAGCCCCAACCCCCAGCGUCCCCGGCAGCGACGCCGCCCACAAGACGAAGACAAUCUACGAGACCGAGACCCACGCGCUGUCCGUCACGGUCAUCGACCCCAUCGUCGUCUCGGCCCCCAUGACGCUCUACAGCACCGUCACCCACACCGCCCUCGUCACGCGCACCAUGCAGACCACCGUCGACGGCACCCUCGUCGAGCAGGCCGCCACGCGCCCUCGAGACCAGCACCGAGGUCCUGACCCUGACGCGCACCAUCGGCCUCAACACGACCGCGCUCGUCACCGCCACCGGCGAGACCCGCUCCCUGCACGUGUCGGGCUUCCUCCCCGGCCCCGGCGCCAACGCCACCCCGUCGAUGGCCUGGCCCGUCGAGGUCUCGGCCGGCGAAGAAGCGCGCGACACGCGCGCAGCGUCUUCUCGCUCGUCCUCGCCUUUGCGGCGCUUCUGUGCCUUUUCUGA